CAGCUGCGGUGAAACCGAUAAACUAGACGGUAAACUCGAGUAACUUGAGAUGAGACGAGCUAGUUCGACGGUAUGCCGCGAGAUGGCGCUGAUAGAAAAUGAGUGAGGAGAGAGCGACCGUGUGGCCGGCAAAGUAGGCGCUCAGUACUCCCGGCCGAACUCCCGUUAUAAUGAAUACAGCACUUGUUGUCUGCACGGGCAGUGCGCCGAUCGCACGCCCUUCCACGCACGCGAAUGUGCCAUCCUCACAUUCGGACAAAAUUUCGCAUAUAAAAGUGUGCCGCACUAAUUAAUUCUUAUAUCACACCUAGUGCAAAUAACAAAAAUAAAUUCGCAAAAUGUGUUCAAGCAGUUUAGCAGUCUAUAUUUAUCUGACAUUAGCAGUAAGCUACGUGAUAGCAGACUGCGGGCCAAGACUGAAGUAUGCCUGGGGAGACGCACUUCAAGGCACAGACUGUCCGGGACCUGAUGGAUCUCCAUAUCCUAGGCAUUUAAUAAACCGGGCACUGAAGUCCGGGCCGUGGGGGCAGUCGUCGCGCCAGGGGCGCACGUCGCGUACAGUGGACCCCGCAUUGCUGCGGCGAGCAUUGUUGGACGCCCACGAGGCGCGUACCGAAGGAGCUGUGGUCAAGCCUGCUAACAGGACUGGUCGAGCGACCAACCUGCCGGGGCUAUCUCCAAUGAGCAGCAACUCCUGCGGCGGGUCCCGGCUGUGUCGCACGCGGUACAACACCACAGCGCCGAUGUACGGAGUGUCAUUGACCUCGGGCCAGCCAGUCACCAUUGUGCAGAAGUUCCCGGACUUACUGCAGCAGGUCGUCUUCGAGGUUUGCGAAUCGAGUGAAUGCUCGUUAGUCCGGGGGUCCUGCACACAGACCUACGUCCCGUACUUGUUCCUAGUGCUACCCCUAGGGCCAGUGACGCUAACGGGACAAGACUAUGUGUUGGUGGAAUCGGGCUGCGUGUGUCGACCCGACCCUCUCUAACAGUGUUGCUAGUAGGAAAUUGUUGGGAGAUGUGUUUGGUAAGCUUGGAAGUCAAUGGGGCUUAUGAAGUGGCUCAACCUUUAAAAUGGUUCAACCUCUAAAAUGGUUCCACCUCUAAAAUGGUUCAACCUCUAAAAUGGUACAACCUCUAAAAUGGUUCAACCUCUAAAAUGGUUCAACCUUUAAAAUGAUUCUAACUUUAAAAUGGCUCAACUUUUAAAAUAGAUGAUCGCAGAUUCUCGUGUUAUUUUUUUGACAAGACGUAAUAGGUUUGUAUCAGAUGGCAUUAACUACUUGGCCGGACAAAGCAGAUUCUCGUGUAAAACAAUAUUAAGUUUAUUGCAUAUCGUCUUACGAAGCAUCCUCUUUAGAACUACACUUCUCAACAAAAAAUCGAAACCUCUCGCAAUAUUUCGUAAAUUUUAUCACAAAAAUAUUAAAUGCGAGUAUUAGGAAUAAAAAAUAAAUGUAAUUUUAAAGUGGGUAAUAAUUCGUAGGUUUUUAAUUCUUAAUAAUGAUGUUCUAAAUUCAAAUUUAAUUGACGUGAUGAUUUGACAUAAAAGAUUUUAAUUAUUUUAUUAUAAUAACUGGCAGAAUAUGCCUUUAGAGCUAUUAACCUUUCACGACCCAUUGACUUCCCUAUUUCUAUUGACCUAAUGGUAACUUAAUUUUGUCUUCAGAUACAUCUUGCCGUGUGUAUUUUUACCCGACUGCCAAAGGACGAGGGUAAUGUUUUUACCAUCCGUGUUUUAAUUCCGUCCAAACAUCAAAAAAAUGUUUUGUAAUUGUGAGGUUUCCAAACUUCCAAGAUACUUAUACAAAAAUGUGCAUUUACUUAUUUAAGAGAUUUAUGGCUCGUUUUAAAUCGCCUAAUAUAAUUAUAUUUAUGAGCCAUAACUAAGUACUUAUUAAUGCAUUUAUGAAAAAGUAUUAUUGGUUUAACUAAAUGUUUAAUAAUUCUGUAAAAUUGCCGAAAAAUUCAACGAUUUUUGAUAAUUUUUCGGCCAUGUUACGGUUCGUAUUCGUACAUAAAUUCUAUAUAGACUGAAUUUAUUAUUGUUAAUUUAUUUUAUAGAUAUUUAUUCUUCCAAACUGUUACAACGAUAAAUAUUUAUGUCUAGAAUAGUUUAUUUGUAAUAUAUUUUGAAUUAUCGAUAAAAUCGCCUAAACGCUCAAGUUUCAUAGAGUAAUUUUUAAUUUAUGAUCAACGAAUGUAUCAAAGAUUUAAUAAAUUCUUUAAUAUAA